AUGGUAACACAGCCCGUAGGCCUACGAAGUUGCACGCCGAGGAAAAACAUCGUGUUUUUGAAAACUUACAAAACAGGCGGAACAACGCUAGCACGAAUACUUGAACAAUAUGCUUUCGACAACAAACUAAAUGUGGUCAUUAAAGAAGGAAAACAAAAACAUUUGCCCGUUACAAACUUGAUUAAUUUUAAUUCUAAGAUGAACUUCGUACCCCCGAUGGGCGUCAAACAAGGAGAUUAUAAAAAUUAUAAGUACAAUGUUUUUGCGCUACAUGCUCCAUAUAAUAGGCCGGUUUAUGACUCGUUUAUGGAAAAUAACUCGAUUUAUGUGACUUUAUUACGAAACCCGGUCUCUCAGUUCGAAUCUGCUUUUGAUUUUUUUAAUGUUGGGGCAGCCGCUAUAAGAGACAGUUCAUUAAAUAAAACACAGAGGUUACAGGUUUUCUUUAAAGAUCCACUUAAAUAUUGGACUCCAUUGAAAAGAUCUCAGCGCUUAAUUUCUCGUAAUAGUCAGAUUUGGAAUUUGGGCGUUGAUCCUGCGAAAUGUCCUAAUAGUUUUGUUGUUGAUUAUACGAUUAAACGAUUGGAUAAUGAACUUGAUCUAGUAAUGAUAACCGAAUAUUUUGACGAAUCAUUGUUAUUACUGAAGAAAAGGCUUUGUUGGGAAUUUAAAGACAUUUUGUAUUUGCCUCGAAACGUGAGAAGUUCGCGCGCUACUUUAAAUGUGGACAUUCGUAAAAAUAUAUCAAAGUGGAAUUGGAUAGACACGAAAAUAUACUCUCACUUUCUCAAGCGUUUACAUAAACUUAUAAAGGACUAUGGUCCAAAAUUUCAAGACGACUUAUCUGCGUUCCGUAACAUGACUUCAUUUGUUUUUAAAACAUGUGUUGCUAAUGAAAAAGUGCAAACAUUCCGUAAGACAAAAAAGAUUGCUUUCGACAUGGUUCGUGGUAAUGUUACCGGCCAUGGCGGAAUUUGCAGGCGUGUUGGUAAAUUAGACGAAUGCAAUUUUGGUAAUGGUUACAUUUUGUUGCUUGAUUUAGCUUACAUAUGUGAGAGUGUUACCUCCGGCACUACAGAUUUGAAUCCUCACCUCAAGAAUAUGAUGAAGGGAAAUACAAAUAGAACUGUACGCGGUGGGGGUGGUGGUGGUGAUGCUGAGGAACUUGGUGAAUAA